UCUAUAUCCGGUAUACUUGGUGUGAUUGAUUUUUAUAUCGGAUUCUGAAUUUCGGUGUCUUUUAAAAGGAAGUUGAGUUAACUAAUUGCUGAAAUGAUAAAAACUUUUUAAUUAAUGAUUUUGAAGUACCUCUUUGACGAAUUCAAUGGCGGGGUCUGACAUCGGGGCGCUGCUGGAAAAGCUGAAGAUGCUAUGGACCUUAGAUCAUGGGUCUGUGGUGUCAAUAAACUUAUUUGUUGCACUUAUGUGCGCGUGUAUCGUGAUUGGUCAUCUAUUGGAGGAGAACCGCUGGAUGAAUGAGUCGAUAACUGCUCUUACGAUUGGCCUGUGCACGGGAGUUUGGAUUCUACUAAUAAGUGGAGGGAAGAGUUCGCAUGUUUUCAUGUUCAGCGCAGAUCUUUUCUUUAUUUAUCUUCUUCCACCGAUCAUUUUUAAUGCUGGGUUCCAGGUGAAAAAGAAACAAUUCUUCCGCAAUUUCAUGACUAUCAUACUUUUUGGGGCACUUGGUACUCUGAUAUCUUUUGUAAUCAUAUCAUUAGGUGCUAUUGGAAUUUUCAGGAAAAUGAAUAUUGGGAAACUUGAAAUUGGAGAUUACCUUGCAAUUGGAGCAAUCUUCUCUGCAACAGAUUCUGUUUGCACCUUACAAGUGCUUAAUCAGGACGAAACGCCAUUAUUGUACAGUUUAGUCUUUGGGGAAGGUGUUUUAAAUGAUGCUACAUCUGUAGUUUUAUUCAAUGCUGUCCAGAACUUUGACUUGUCUCAUAUCAACACUAGCAUUGCCCUGCAAUUACUUGGAAACUUUCUAUACUUGUUUAUCUCAAGCACCUUCCUGGGGUUUGUCGCUGGUCUAUUGAGUGCCUAUAUUAUUAAGAAGCUCUGCUUUGGAAGGCACUCCACUGAUCGUGAAGUUUCUAUAAUGAUACUCAUGGCGUACCUAUCUUACAUGCUUGCUGAAUUAUUCAAUUUAAGCGCAAUUCUCACGGUGUUCUUUUGCGGGAUUGUGAUGUCCCACUACACCUGGCAUAACGUGACUGAGAACUCAAGAUGCACCACCAAGCACACCUUUGCUACGCUAUCGUUUGUUGCUGAAAUUUUCAUAUUCCUCUAUGUUGGUAUGGAUGCUUUGGACAUUGAAAAGUGGAGAUUUGUUAGCGACAGCCCUGGAAUAUCAGUUGAGGUUAGCUCAAUACUAUUGGGACUUGUCUUGGUUGGAAGGGCAGCCUUUGUUUUCCCCUUGUCAUUUCUAUCCAACUUGACCAAGAAGUCUCCACAUGAGAAGAUUGACUUCAAGCAGCAGGUCAUAAUAUGCUGGGCUGGCCUUAUGCGAGGUGCCGUUUCUAUGGCCCUUGCUUAUAAUCAGUUUACUAAAGAAGGUCAUACUCAGUUGCGCGGCAAUGCAAUAAUGAUCACAAGUACUAUCACAGUUGUCCUAUUCAGCACAGUGGUAUUUGGUUUGAUGACAAAACCAUUGAUUAGACUAUUGCUACCCUCACCAGGGACUCCAAAAUCUUUCAUUAAUGUGCCACUUCUAGGCAAUGGACGAGACUCGGAAGCCGAUCUAGGAGCCCACAAUUUUCCCCGUCCAAACAGCUUGCGGAUGUUCUUAAGUACCCCUUCUUAUACAGUGCACUAUUACUGGAGAAAGUUCGAUAAUACAUUCAUGCGUCCUGUUUUCGGGGGACGAGGUUUUGUACCUUAUGCUCCUGGAACACCGACUGAAGGAAGUGAACCAACAAUGGCAUUGAUGGAAAGUCAGAAAGUCCAUUCAGUCUUGUGAGGGCGAGAAACAAGUUUUGGUUUGAACUCCUUCCUUUUCGGUUAAUUAACUUUGAAUGUUUCUCUUUGGUUAAAACUUUUAGAGCAUCCGACCUUAAAUUUUAAGGCAAUGGUUAAGGGAUCUAGGUCAUUAUAAACUUUUUUGAGAAUCAUUAUACA